AACCUUCCUACGUUUCCGUCCAGCUUUCGGGAAGUGUGAAGUCAGACGGCUGCCUGACUAGCCCUGAAUGUUAUUACCAUUUUUCAGACAGAGGGACCAUGGACACUCAUGAGCCCGGGGACUCGUCGCUCUUCACGAAAUGACGCCGUCGCCAUGCUUUUUGUUCUCUUGUGCUAUCAAGCCGUCGUCCAAGUAUUGUCUAAGGAGAGGCCACCGCCGCCCCCGCAGAACGUCUAUGUUGAUCAGUGGGAGAUGAAAUGGACUCCUGCCACAGAGGAGAGGAACAUCACUUACACCGUCCAGUACUGCAGCUCUGACACCAUUUGCACCGAGUGGAAAGAUGUACCAGCCUGCACCCAGAUAUCUUCAAGUUUCUGCAACGUCACUUUGCUCAAGGCUGAGGCCGAGCGCGCCUGUGUUAGGCUGCGUGUGCAAGCGGACAGACGGGGCAGUUUCUCCAAACCAGUCAACGCUUGCAGCAUGAACAGUGACUCCUGUACUCCUUGGUUCAAUCUGACAACCCGGCCUAACUCCUUAACUGUACAUCUGAGCAAGGACCAUAGGCUGGCUGAGAAACAUGCAGCGCGCGCAAAACACAGAGUUUACUUCGGCAAGGAGGGAGACACACCGGAGGGUCACAUGACUACCUCCUCGUGUUCCUUCGAUAAUCUGAAGGGAGGACAGCGGUACUGUGUGAGCGUGGAGUAUGUUUACGAUGACAAUCCUGUCGGCAUGCCCAGCUGUAUCCAGUGUGAAGUCAUUCCUUCCUCAAGAGACGCGAAAACACCCGUGAUCAUUGUAGUCGUGAUGGUUUUCUCAGUUAUUGUGAUAGUGGCUUCAGCAUACAUCUACUUAUUCAAGCGGAAGAAAAUCAAAGAGUGGCUGCAACCCCCAUAUGAGAUGCCGGAUAUGCUCCUGGAUCCACUGCCCGAACGGCACAUUUUCGUCCUCCCUACAGGCAACAAUGAGGAGAACUAUGAUGUACUUUCAAGUAUUACUCUGAAUAGGUCAAAUUAGAACGACGACAGCCGUCCUCUCUCCGCUCCUGCACCACCUUCUCCUCUCUUUGAACUGUUGGAGACAUCCCCACUGAUGUCCCCUCACACCAGGGGUCGGCAACCCUCAACACUCAAAGAGCCAUUUGGACCCGUUUACCACAUAAAAGAAAACACUGGGAGCCACAAAACCCCUUUGACAUCUAAAAUGAAGAUCACACUGCAUACAUCGUUUUCACCUCUAUGCUAGGCCCAUAGUGUGUUGCAUUUAUGAAAUGAAAUAACUGCUACAGAGAAAACGAAAUUGCAUUAUGCAUACAUAACAGGGAUUUAUCCGUGGUUGACUUACCUGGGGUCGAAAAGUUCAGUAAAUAGCGGGCUUACCACCAGCGGGUGUCGCACGUCGGCAGUUGUGACGUAUAUUUUGAGCGACAAAAAAAUUAAAUACAUUUUAUUUUACUGUUA